CCCAACUCAGUCUCAAACCCCAGUCUCCUCCCCUACGCUUGUAUAGAAUUCUACCCCUAUUCAGAUUACAGUUACUCUCUAAACAUUGACCAUGGCUCCCAAGAAGAUCAUCAUCGACACCGACCCCGGUAUUGAUGAUAUCCUGGGCCUUUUGCUGGCGCUGUCGGCGACGCCUGAGGAGGUCGAGGUGCUUCUGAUCUCGUUGACGUUCGGCAAUAUCGAGGUGAAAAGCUGUCUUCGCAAUGCGGUCUCCAUGUUCCAUAUUCUCGAGCGCGAGAUGCAGUGGCGUCGUGAGCAGGGCCGUCCUGAGGGCUUCGGAGCUCUCCGUGCCCACCCGCCGAUCGUGGCGGUGGGUGCCGAGGAUCCGUUGGAGGAUCAGAAAAUGUUGGCGGAUUACUUCCAUGGAACGGAUGGUCUCGGAGGUAUCCAUGGUAGCCACCCUCAUUUGACCCCCAAGGAGACCUGGGAGCAUCUCUUUGAUCCGUCGAAUGAUUCGCAGGAAAUCAAGCCUGUGCCGUCGAGUGAUACUGCACACAAGUCGUUUAUUCCCUCGAAGCGUCCGGCCCACGAGGAGAUCCUUCGUGUCUUGCGCGAGAAUGACCCCGAUACUGUUACCUUGGUGGCCGUGGGCCCUCUGACGAACUUGGCGCUGGCCUCUGCUGCUGACCCUGAGGCUUUUCUGCGGGUCAAGGAGGUCGUGGUGAUGGGAGGCGCGGUCAAUGAGCCUGGAAAUGUCACUCCCGGUGCCGAAUUUAACGCAUAUGCCGAUGCGUUCGCCGCUGCUCGAGUCUACGCUCUUACGUCUCCGACGCCCAGGACCGCGAUGCCCCUCUCGAGCGCCAGUAUCGCCGGCUACCCUGCUAGUCUAAGCAGACAGCUCACCGUGAAGCUGUUCCCCUUGGACAUCACCCACCGUCACGGCAUCAAGCGCGGCCAGUUCCGCCAGACCGUCGCCCCUCUCUUGGAGAAGGGCUCCCCGUUGGCCGAGUGGUCCGCGGCUUUCAUGGCCCAUACCUUCAGCACCGUUGAACGGUUGCAUCAGGGACAGGUGGGAGACGAUGUCGAGCUCAGCUUGCACGACCCCGUGUGCGUGUGGUACGCUCUCACGGCGGAGGACGAAGGCUGGAAGCCCUCCACCACCUCGCCGGAGGACAUCCGAGUUGAAACCACCGGACAGUGGACGCGAGGCCUGUGUGUCGUCGACCGACGAGACCGUCACCGCAUGGAAGGAGAGGAGGAAAACCCCAGUGACCACGGACUCUGGUUGAGCUCGAAACACGGCAACCGCAUCUGGCGGAUGGAUCAGUCUCCCGUGGAGAACAACUUCGGAGAGGUCCUUCUUACGAAGCUGUUCACUUGAGAUGAAGGGGACUCAUUGGUCUGGAUCCCAGGUUGGAAGCUAUCCCUUCAGAAGGGAUACUUGUGAAUAUGUGUUUAAUGGCAACCCAUAGAUAGAUUUUGUCAUAAAAACGUCAUGGUUUCAAGAUGGUAUGAUGAAUUAUGCAUUGCAUAACAUAUGAUGUAUUAAAU